AUGGCAACUACGGGUAGUGAAAUGUGGCUGCAGUGGUUCGCGUGCUGCUACCAGCCGGCUGCUCAGGCGCAGCGGACGAGGCGGAGGAUAGACAGGUCCAUGAUUAGCGCACCAACCAAUUUCCAACACACUGGACACAUAGGCUCAACAGACGUAGAUAUGCCGUCCUCUCUGCUCCACUCCAUCCAGAACCAGAUGCAGAGUAAAGGCGGCUACGAAAUGGCUUACGGUGUUAAGGUAUACUGA